AUGAGCGAUCGUGACGUUCUUCGCCUGUUCAACAACGAAGGGGACGAAAAUGGCAAUUGGAAGUGCUGUACGAAUUGUCAAUGGUCUAAUGGCUUGUUGAAAUCUGUAUUUGGCGUGUCAUUGUCGCUUUUGACGGGGAUAUCGUUUGCUGUUAGCAACCUCUUCAUUGCACUGGGAGUGCUAUACGGACUACCGCCAUUACAGCUAACGUUUCUGUGUAAUAUGGUAUUGGUGGUAUCUGUAAUACCUCCUAUUAUCUACACUCGAGCGACCCUUAUUCCAGAAAACCCUGCCGAUACUGUAUUUUUAGUGUCACUGGGAGUGGCACGCACUUUUGCUAGUAUUGCUAUUAUUUACUCGCUGGUGUACAUUCCUAUUGGUAAUGUCACAGCUAUUAGCGGAGGAACAAUACCCAUAUUCUCGGCGUUAGGUGCCACCAUAUUCCUUGGCGAGCCGUGGAAAAUAGCAGAUAUCGUGGCAUCCGCCAUCAAUGUCGCCGGGACACUUCUAAUCACACGUCCUACGUUCCUAUUCGGUGAAGAUACACAGUUCGCUACAUACGAGGGCGAUGCAGACUACUAUAAACAAAUCUCCACAUCACAGAUUGUUGUCGGAUACAGUCUCGUUGUUGGAAGUUCUGUCGGAUAUUCCACUGUAUAUAUAUUAAUUCGAAUUCUGGGUGAACGAGUAUCAAUAUUUACUAAAUUAUUUUACGCUGAUUUCACUGCUACCUCAAUGACCUUAAUAAUAAUGUUUGCUUUUGGGAGACCUAUAUGGGAAAUGGAUUCGUCUGUAGCGUGGUAUAUGGUAGGGAUGGCUAUAUUUGAUGUGUCUGGACAAUGGUCGCGUUUCGGGAGCUUGGAGUUGGAGCGCACUGCAGUUGUGACACUGCUUUCUAAUAUAGAAGUAGUAACGGCGUAUAUAUUGCAGUACUUUUUCAUGCAAUUGAGGCCAACAUCUCUAGACAUAACAGGUGCCGUUUUAGUCGUGCUGGGGUCGAUAGUAAUCUCGAGUGAGGCAUUAUAUGAUAGUUGGAAAACUGAGAAAGAAUCCAGGUCUAAUAGAAACCACGACGACUAUCAUUGA